CCGUACCAAGGAAGGGACCGCGCACUGUAGCGUUGCAGCAAUGGCGGAGUCUGAAAACACAGCGGAGCUGAAACGUAAAGCUGAGGAUUCUCAGGAUGGAGACGGGGAGGAAGAGGAUGCCGAGUGGGUCGGACCCAUGCCAAGCGAAGCCACAAAGGCUAAGAAAAGAAAAGUGCUCGAGUUCGAGCGGGUCUAUCUGGACAACCUGCCCUCUGCCGCGAUGUAUGAGCGAAGUUAUAUGCACAGAGAUGUCAUCACACACUUAGCCUGCUCUAAGACUGAUUUCAUCAUCACAGCCAGUCAGGACGGUCACGUCAAGUUUUGGAAGAAGAAGGAGGAAGAGGGAAUAGAGUUUGUGAAACACUUCAGAAGUCAUCUCGGUGUGAUAGAAAGCAUUGCAGUCAGUGCGGAAGGAGCCCUGCUUUGUACAGUUGGGGAUGAUCAGUCCAUGAAAGUAUUCGAUGUGGUUAACUUCGACAUGAUCAAUAUGUUGAAACUAGGCUUCCAGCCAGGCCAGUCUGAGUGGAUCUACAAUCCUGGAGAUGCCAUUUCCACGGUGGCUUGUUCAGAAAAAUCUACAGGGAAGAUUUUCGUCUAUGAUGGAAGAGGCAGCAACAAUCCGCUCCAUGUCUUUGACAAAAUGCAUUCCUCGCCAUUGUCCCAAAUUCGCCUGAAUCCCAAAUUCAGAGUUAUUGUGUCUGCUGAUAAAGCAGGGAUGCUUGAGUACUGGACUGGCCUUCCCAAUGAAUUUAGGUUCCCUAAAAAUGUGGAUUGGCAGUAUAAAACAGACACAGACUUGUAUGAAUUUGCAAAACAUAAAACGUACCCCACCAGCCUCGCCUUUUCCCCCGACGGAAAGAAAAUGGCCACCAUUGCCUCUGACAGAAAGGUCCGGAUCUUCCGUUUCCUCACUGGGAAACUGAUGAGGGUGUUCGACGAGUCAUUGACGAUGUUCACAGAGUUGCAGCAGAUGAGGCAGCAGCUGCCCGACAUGGAGUUUGGGAGGCGGAUGGCUGUGGAGAGAGAACUGGAGAAGGUGGACGGCAUCCGGCUGACAAACAUCAUCUUCGAUGAGACGGGCCACUUCGUGCUGUACGGAACCAUGCUGGGCAUCAAGGUCAUCAACGUGGAAACCAACAGAUGUGUGCGGAUCCUCGGGAAGCUGGAGAACAUCCGUGUGGUUCAGCUGAGUCUGUUCCAGGGAGUGGCAAAGACCAUGAACGUGGCUCCCACCAUAGAAAUGAAAGCCUCCGACAAUCCAGCCCUGGAGAGCGUUGAGCCCGACCCCACCAUCUUCUGCACUGCGUUUAAGAAGAACCGCUUCUACAUGUUCACUAAAAGAGAACCGGAGGACACGAAGAGCGCAGAUUCAGACAGAGACAUCUUUAACGAGAAGCCCUCAAAGGAAGAGGUGAUGGCCGCCACGCAGGCUGAGGGUCCCAAGAGAGUCUCCGACAGCGCCAUCAUCCACACCACGAUGGGAGACAUCCACAUCAAGCUGUUCCCUGUGGAGUGCCCGAAAACAGUGGAGAACUUCUGCGUGCACAGCAGGAACGGCUACUACAACGGCCACAUUUUCCACAGAGUCAUCAAGGGUUUCAUGAUUCAGACCGGAGACCCCACGGGCACGGGCAUGGGCGGGGAGAGCAUCUGGGGAGGGGAGUUUGAGGACGAGUUCCACGCCACGCUGAGGCACGACCGCCCGUACACACUCAGUAUGGCCAACGCCGGGGCCGGCACCAACGGCUCCCAGUUCUUCAUCACUGUGGUUCCCACGCCGUGGCUCGAUAACAAGCACACCGUGUUUGGACGGUGCACGAAAGGCAUGGAGGCCGUGCAGAGGAUCUCCAACAUGAAGGUGAACCCAAAGACCGACAAACCGUACGAAGACAUCAGCAUCAUCAACAUCACCGUCAAAUAGUCACCCGUCUCCGUAAUGUCCCGUUCAGUGCUUUUUAACAACCAGAACCGUUAAACAAAACUCUAAACCGGGUUCUCGCAUUUUUCUCACUGGCCAUUUUGAAUUUGCAUAUUUUUACAUAAAUAAUAUCAAUACACCCAACGAAUGGAUUCAGAUUGUUUUUGUGUCAUGUCUUUUUUCUUUUUGUGUAUUAGAACAUUUCUCUGUAAUCCAUACCAGCAUCUGGUGUGAGGUUUGAAUUUUCGGACAUGCCGUGCGGUGGAAUUUGUUCCACAAGACAAAAGUUUUGCACAAAUGAAGACAUUUAACAUGCAAACAAAAUUUACAAAUGAGGUAAAAGUGGUCAAAUUUGGGGCAAAUCUAAAUUUCGACAGAACAAAACGCCAACUUCCAGGCAAAUGAGGUCAAUUAGUUUAUUUUACAGCAUCACAUUAUGUAUAAUUUACAAAAAGCCAUUAUCAAGUCCACCGGUAACAAAGGUGUUGAUGCGCAUUGUGCUUCUACAUUAAAAAAAAACCCCAAAACAAAUGAAAAUGUUCUCACUGUGGAAAGGCUUUUUUUUUUCAGUUUUAAUACGUGCAUGUUUUUUUUAAAUAUCUGUAUUGUUUUUAUACAUAGAUACAAAUGUUAAACAUUACAUAGCAAUGAAUAAAACUCAAAUAAUGGUUCCUUGAUAACAAGACGAGUAGUGUCAGCGUUGGGUUUAAUGUUUCACUAAGAUUCACAUUACAUUAUCACUGAAAGGCUGAUUAAAGGUGUACCAUUUUGUAAGCACUCCAAACAGCUAAACAGGACCUGUGUGAGAUAUUUAUAUAGGAAUAUUUUCACAAGACAGUUUAUGUAUAGGUUGUUUUUUUUUUUUGUUUGUUUGUUUUUUUUCUGCAGUGAAGUUAAUACUCAGUCUACUAAGAAAACAGCAGAUCGUUCAUUUGCGUCCGAAUGAAAACCGGUAGUGAGGCAGCAGACUAAGUGCAUUCGACGAUUUCUGCGUGCAAGACACUCCACAAAACGGAGGCAGAAUCGGUGCGUUCAAUUAAAAAAAACAACAAAAAAACAAAAACUAUUUUCCCAGCUUAUAGCCUUGGUGUCGAAGUAACGUUCCCACUCAUAAAUAAGUUCAGUAAACAGUUCAUUCUGUAACAAAA